AUGGCUGGUUUCCUCUCAGAGCUGGUUCAGUACCGGAGGCUGUUGCUGAUGCUCGUGGUGCUGGGGAUUGGUGGAACCCACCUGUCUGGCUUCCAAAUGUCUGUCAUCAAUUACACUUCUCCGUACAUUCAGAAGUUUAUCAAUGAAACGUGGCUGGAGCGCUAUGGUUCUGUGCUGCCCCAGGAGAGCCUGAUGCUGCUGUGGUCCCUCAUCGUGUCUGGGUACUGCCUGGGGGGCAUGAUAGGCUGUCUGUGCAGUGGCUGCCUCACUGCAGCUUUUGGGAAGAAGAAAAGUCUGCUCUUCAACGACGUGGUGCUGAUAACAGCAGCGCUGCUCACUGCCUGCAGCAGGAGAGCCAAGGCCUUUGAGAUGAUCCUGGCUGGGCGUUUCCUCGAGGGCAUCGCUGCUGGAAUACACAUGAAUGCCCAUGUUCAGUAUGCUGGAGAGAUCUCCCCCAAGAAGCUGCGUGGAUUUAUAAACGUGACCUCCACGGUGUUCCUCGCACUAGGGAAAACUGUAGCACGAAUUCUUGGAUUAAGAGAACUUUUAGGGACUGAAGACAUGUGGAACGUGCUCUUGUCCUUCUCUGGGCUGGUGGCAUUGAUUCAGCUGAUCUUUUUGCCAUUCUUCCCUGAGUCCCCACCCUAUCUCUUGCUGCAAAAAGAAGACAAAGCUGGUUGCUUGAAAGCCAUGAAGCAGCUCUGGGGAGAAGGGAAUUAUCAAACAGAGUUUGAUGACCUGAUGAAGGAAAAGGCCAUAACAAAAGGCACCAAAAUCAUGAAUGUCCUGGAGGUGCUGAGAGAAGGAUCUGUGCACCCACAGCUGUGCACCAUGCUCCUCCUCCUGCUCAGCCUGCAGCUCUGUGGCCUCAGUGCAAUCACCUUUUACACCUCAGAAAUUUUUGAAACAGCCAACCUGCCGGAAAGCAUAAUCCCAUAUGUAUCUCUAGGAGUUUCAAUCUCUGAACUCAUCUCUAUCAUAUUCUGUAGCUCCAUCAUCGAUCGCUUUGGGCGCCGCCGGCUCCUGUGUGGGGGUUAUUUGCUGAUGGCUCUGAUCCUGGUGCUGCUUGAAACCUGCCUUCUGCUGAGUGAUCAGUUCCUCUGGCUGAGGUACUGCAGUGUCAUUCUCAUCUUUCUCUUCAUCAUUGCUUAUGGACUGGGGCCAGCUGGAGCUGUUGUGGCUGUCAUGAACGAAAUCUUCACCCUGUCAACAAGGGCCUCUGCUUUUGUAAUUGGUGGAAUCAUCAUUUGGCUGGGCCUCACCUUCACUGGGAUGGUUUUCCCCUUUGCUGUAAUGCUACUUGGUCCUUUUUGCUUCCUCAUCUUUGUUGCUGUCCUGGUCAUUUCAGUGGUUCUUAUCUACCUGUUCCUCCCAGAAACAAAAGGGAAGUCAACCUCUGAAAUCACAGAGAAAUUCAAAAGCUGCAGGUUUAAGAGGAAGCAUCAUCAGCCUGUGGAGAUGUAUGCUGCUGAAGAAAAGACAUUUUGCACCAGGCUCUGAUAAACCACCAAAAGUAGU